AUACGGAAGUGGACGUCCUCCGUUUAAGACUGUAGAUCAUGGACACAGACAGCUAGUGAGCCCAUUCUUUAAUCUUCAAAAAUCAAACUUUAGGAGAAGUAACGGUUAUUUCAUCAAGAGUUUCAGACAGUUCAGUGAACCAGGAUGAUCGAAGACUUCGAAAACAAGGAGGACGUCCGGUCCAGCGGGGAGCUGUGGACAGAAAUCUGCUCCAGUCUGUCUCCAGUGAGUCAGGCAACCCCGGAGAUCCACCCGGAGUUCAUCGACUCGUUCCAGCCAGCCGCACAACUCGCACCGCAGGUCAAUGGACACUCGAACGGGACAAACGGCACGUCCUCUGGCGUCAAAUGGCAACCCAUGGAGGAUUCUGAGAUCUACAUAGCCAGUUUGGAGAACCGCCUGAAGAAAAUAAAGGGCCAGUCAAGUGACGUGACGUCCAGGGACAUGUUGCGCUCCUUGUCUCAAGCAAAGAAAGAAUGUUGGGACAGAUUUCUGCACGACGCUCAGGCCUCAGAGCUCUUCCAAGGCGGCGACAUGGACGACAGCGCUCUUGAACACUUCAAGAGAUGGUUGAUUCCUGAGAAGGUGGCCAUCAGCGCAGAAGAGCUGGAGUAUCUCCUGAGACCGUCGCAGGACAACGAACAGGCUGAGGCAGCCCAAACACAGAUAGAAGAGGACACUACGGCAGAGGGAGCCAACCCUGACCAAGAUGGCCCUCACACUCCAGAGAAAUGAGUGUUAGAAUAUGGUAACAGUGAAAAAAGAACUAACUUUGCGUGAAUUUAGUAGCGGUGACCGUCUGUCUGUUUUGGACAGAGCUUUUGUUAACAGUGGUUCAAGAAGCAAUUACAGCCUGUCAUCAUCAUCUGUAUCCCCAGCAACUGAGUGUUAAGUACCUUUUCAGUCCUUGUUAUUCAUCCCCUGAAGGAUUAUUAUCUAGUCUGUGUUCUGAUUUCCAUUAUAAAUGUUACAAAAAUGGCUCUACAUGAUUUAUAUAUGCAAAGGUUAUUGAAGGAGCACAUUAGGUAAUUGAGACUCUUUCGACAUCUUGCAAACAUUAUACAAUUGUGACAUAUAGAACUGACUGUGACUGUGACAUAUUCCUAAAAAUAUUGUACCAUAUUGUGUAACAUCUUUAUUUUUUUUCCAUAAUGUUUUUACCAAUGAAGUCUUACCCAUGUUUAAAUAAAAACAUCACAACAGUA